AUGUCUUCUCAAAGCUCAAAGGUAUCUUCAAACGCCUCCAGACAAAUAAAAGCCUUUGCAUCUGCAGACCUUUCAGAAAAAGAAAAUCUCAGCAUAUUAUCUGAGCCUCAGCUUUUAUUUGAAAGCCAAUCAAUUGGAGAUUCAAUUUUAAAAGCUCAAAUUGAAAAUCAAGUUUGCCCUCUAUGCAAAGGGCACGAUCAAUACACUAAGGUUCUUCAAGAUGCUUUAAGAGAGGUAUUAGAUCAAAAUGAGGUGUUGAGAACAAAAGUGUUUGAACUAGAGGCGAUGCUUAAUAAAACAGAAGAUGAAGUCAGAAACAAAAAUGAAUUAAUUUUCGAACUUGAAUCGGCAUUAUCUAAAGCCAAACCUAAAAGAAAGUCAAUGAAAAAAAAUAAAUCUUAA